AUGAAGCAUUUAAGGCUAGUCAUUGCUAGUUUGGGAGAUGGCAAACAAAAGUUAAGACGGACGUAUGAAUUUACUAUUAUUAGAAAGGAAGCGCUAAAUUUCGUUAAUAGUACCUUUUCCAGAUGGCGUGAAGUUACGUUUAUUCUUAUUUUGUCCGUAUCAGAUCAUCUAGGAGCAAAGGUCAAAAAGAAUAAAAUAUUUACUAACAACAUUCGGUUCAUUCCUUUUCAUUUACAACAGGUUUUAGUUCAAGACUUAUUGCAUCCAACCGCAGCCUCUGAGGCAAGAAAGCACAAAUUAAAGACCCUGGUUCAGGGCCCAAGAUCUUACUUCCUAGACGUUAAAUGCCCAGGUUGUUUGAACAUUACUACAGUGUUUUCUCAUGCUCAAACUGCAGUUACUUGCGAAUCCUGCUCAACAGUCUUGUGCACUCCAACUGGUGGUAAGGCAAAGCUUUCUGAAGGUACAUCUUUCAGAAGAAAGUAA